GUGGUGAAUCAAAACUGUGAUCCUAUGACCGCGAGUCCACUGCCCUAACCACUGGGCCAUUGCACCUCCACUAUAUUUGUAUACAUAUAUAUAUAUAUAUAUAUAUAUAAUGAGAACUUUCACUGUUUUAUAUUUCACAAAGUGUAGCUCUUAAUUUGGCCUUCAUGAUCUUAUUGUCAUCAUCAUCAUCAUCAUCUAUAUUUUAAGUAGUGUCAGUUGCAGCAGCAGCCUUACUUACAGGACAUAGGUGUGUUCAAUCCCUAGUCCAAUCCAUAGCCAUCUCUAGAUAGCAGAUUUGGUUAUUAGUCAAGCAACAUCAUUAUCACUUUGUCCCUGCAAGCUAACGAAACACUCGUCAUUUCUACAGUGUUCCCACUACUGUCGCUUACAAGCAGUGGGCUAUCUCUUUCGCUACAUGAAUGCUGGGAGUUUUAGGUGACAACGACGGGGUUUUUCCAGAGAUACUUUGAUCCGAAGGGAUCAGCUGCCUGUGAUCUCUUGUGUGUUACAUAAUAUCACAUGGUACAUCUUUGAUAUAGGCAUUGGUGUGUGUGUGUAUAUAGAUACAGAUAUUGAUGUGUAGAUAUAUAUAUGAUUGUAUAAAACAUAAAAUUGUGUGAGAUAUUUACAGUUAUUAUUCAUCAGUAAAUGAAGGUCAUAUACAGUGAAGAUAUCAAGCUAUCAUAUGCAUGAGACGUUUUGGUUCCAUGUGAAUAAAGAUUUCUUCACAGUAGUACCCGAAUGUGGGACUGAACUUUCAAUCUUGUUCCCUGAUUCAUUAUUACAGUAUUCACCCAUCGUUCACUUCGUCAACACAGACACUGAACAGAAUAAACAAAAUGAAACUCAGUUGCCCGCUAGAUUUGAACCAGCUUCCUUUUGGUUCCAAUCUGUAAUUAUGACUUAACCUAUCGUUUCAUGAACUUAAACAUGUAAAUAUUCCUCAGCCUACCUUCAUUAUUAAUGUGAGGUCAUAUUCAUGAUGGUGAUGAUGAUGAUGAUGGUAAUGAGACUAUGGCAUUGAUGAUGAUGAUGAUGAUGAUGGGGAUAACGGGGGUGGAAUCAGUAACGUUGAAGGGAAGGGUCAAAGUAGACCGGCGGCCGUUUAUGAAAGACUUUGGGUUUUGAUAGACUGACUGAUAUUUGUUGAAAUUGGGACGACUCAGAAGAAACUACCAAUACCAUAACAAUAACAACAACUACACCUAUCGUGACCAUUGAUACAAAAACACCCCAACCAUUGCAACACCACUACCACCACCAUCACUUGUUACAUCAGUAACAAUAACAUUGCUUCAUCUUGAACAGGGAUUCUCAACGAUAUUUCUAACUUAUGAAACCCUUCGAUUUCUGUUCUACUCGGAUGGACCCUCAGAACCGUUCCAUGGUUUAAACAAUCCUAUCAUAUUUUGAUAAAUUAAAUAUUAUUAGGAAUUGUAUUUAAAAAAAAAAAAUUGUUAAUAUUUGGUGUAUUGAAGAAAUAUAACCAAUUUAAUUCACAUAAAUUUUAACAACAAAAUUUUAUAUGGACCCCUAAGGGCCAUAUGAGCCCCAGUUAAGAACCACUGAACUAGAAAGACAAUAAUAUGGAAUGUUUACUUCUGUAACUCAGAUAUCAUAUUUUUACUCAGUUUGAAAGAUCACACACAUACACACACACACUUUCUCUCACUCAUUCUCUCUCUCUCUCUCUCUCUCUCUCUCUCUCUGUCCCUUUAUAUAUAUAUAUAUAUAUAUAUAUAUAUACACACACAUAUAUGUCAAUUGUUCUCAUAACUUUUUACCCUGACACUAACAUUAACAUAUUCCACAAGCCAACGAGAGAACCCCUAUGUGAUCAGACAACUUACUAAAAAUAACGAACUUACACACUGCCAUCUUAAUUAAAAAGAUAUACUGGAUAAAAGUUCAUUGCCUGAAGGAAAAAAGAAAGAAAAAAAGAAAAAAAAACAAUAAAGAAAUAAUGGAAUGCUGGUCAUGGUUGGAAUGCCUUUGAUCAUAGACCUGUUGGAUCAAGGCUGACAGGGGUCAAACAGCCAAACACCAGGCAACUUUCAAAUGAAAGAGGACAUUUUUCAAAUCUAUAUUUUCUAUAUAUAAUUAAUUAUUUCCCUCGUUAACAUAUUUUCACAAGCAAAGGAUUUCAAGAUCAUAAAUUUCUAAUGUUUCUUUUAUCAUCGACAACCUUUUGUUUUGAUGGACCUUUCUUGAGGAAUAACUUGUGUAUGACCCUUUAAACAUUUUUCUGAUUUGCUUUUUACCACUACAACUAUUACUACUACUACUACUACUACUACUACUAUGACAACAGCAAUAGUAACUUAACAGAAAGAAAAGGAAAGAGGAAAAUGCAAUAAAAACAGUAUUGUUUAUUUUAUUGGAAUUUAAAGAAAAAAAAUCUUUUAAAAAUCUUUUAAAAUUGUGAUUGUUUGAUAACAGCCAUCAAAAUGAGUAUGUACCCGAUACAGCCAGCGUACCCCAGUAUGGGGGACCACUCCUCUAUAUACAACCAAUCCAUGUAUUCGAAUCAAAGCACCCAUUUGAAAGAGACUGACAAGAACAGCCCAUCGCAGGGUGCUAAAGGUUUCCGACAGCCCGAUAUUCCCCGGAAACAUUUCAGCGAAGAAAACGUGCCCCUUAUUAACAAUGCUGGAUCAAGCCAAGAAGAGAUUGAAGUGCCAGCCCUUAACACCAGUACCACCAACACUCUACCUCCUGUGGCACCUAACAACCAAGACAAAGAACUAACCUGUGCUUUUUGUAAAAAGGUUUUCCCAAACUCCUUUAUCUUACGUACACACGAACGCAUUCACAUGGGCGUGCGACCGUUUGCCUGUUCCUUUUGUAACAAGGAAUUCUUCCAGUUGGUCGACUUAAAAACGCACUACUGUACGCACAGCCAUGCCACCAAUAACAUGUCGCUCUCUACAAACCAGAAGGCGUACCAAUGUUCAGUGUGUAACAGGAGCUUUGCUCAUAGAGGCAACCUGAAGCUUCAUCUGAGGAUGCAUUCAGGGGACAAACCGUUUGCUUGUGACGUCUGUGGCAAGACUUUCGCACAGAAAAAUAGCCUUACCGAUCAUAAAAGAGUGCAUACAGGAGACUUGUUCUUCUGUCAGUUCUGCCAAAAAGCAUUUUGUAACCAGUUUUUCUUGCAGAACCACGAGAGAGCCCACACGGGGGAGAAACCUUUUCAUUGUGAUUUCUGUGAUAAAGCGUUUUCUCAGAGAGGCAACUUGAAGACACAUCUCAGAACACACACAGGUGAGAAGAACUUUGUCUGCGAUGCCUGUGGUAAGGCAUUCUCUCAAAAGAACUGCCUGACUGACCACAAACGGCUACACACUGGUGACCUCUUCUACUGUCAGUACUGUAAAAAAGGAUUCUGCAAUCAGUUUUUCUUAAAGAUUCAUGAAAAAGUACACACGGGAGAUUUAUAUUAUUGCAACUACUGCAAGAAAGGGUUUCCGAAUCAGUUUUUCCUGGAAAACCACACCAGGUCUCAUACUGGAGAGAAACCAUUCCGGUGUUUGUUUUGUCCACAAGUUUUUUCACAACGUGGCAAUUUAAAGACCCAUCUACGAACGCACACAGGGGAGAAACCCUUCCAGUGUGAAGUUUGUGGCAAGGGUUUUGCACAAAAGACUAAUUUAAACGACCACAAAAGACUCCAUACCGGAGAGCUUUAUUAUUGUAACUACUGCAAAAAACCAUUUUGUAAUAAAUUCUUCUUAAAAAUUCACGAGCGCAUACACACAGGGGAUUUAUUUUACUGCUCUUAUUGUAAAAAAGGCUUCACAAAUGAGUUCUUCCUGAAAAACCAUCUCAGAGUGCACACAGGGGAGAAACCGUUUCAGUGUGAAUUUUGCAAUCAAACAUUUGCGCAGCGAGGCAACUUGAAGCAACAUUUACGAAAACACACAGGGGAGAAACCAUUUAACUGUGAACUUUGUGGCAAGUGUUUCUCUCAGCGAAACAACUUAACCGACCAUAAACGUGUGCAUACUGGAGAACUCUUCUUCUGCAGCUUCUGUAAGAAGCCGUUUUGUAACCAGUUUUUCCUAAAAAAUCACGAAAGAGCUCACACUGGAGAAAGACCGUUCCAAUGCAACUUCUGCAAGAAAACUUUCUCUCAGAGAGGCAAUCUCAAGCUCCACCUUAGGACCCACACUGGGGAAAAGCCUUUUACCUGUAGUGUAUGCGACAAGUCCUUCUCUCAACGGAAUAGUCUCAUAGAUCACCAGCGGAUUCACAGCGGAGAUCUAUACUUUUGCGGAAUUUGUAAGAAGGGCUUCUGUAACCAGUUUUUCUUAAAAACUCACGAGAAAACCCAUGGAAUUGUAGAGGAUAGCCAGUCAAAACAGAUCAGUUGUGAGUUUUGUGGCGAGGUUUUUGCACAGCAAAGUGAGUUAAAGGUACACAUACAAACUCAUACACCGGCGGAGAAACGCUAUAGCUGCCAGAUUUGCGGGGAGCAGUUUUUACACAGGGUUUCCUUAACAAACCAUAAAUGUCCAGCAGCAAGCAGUAACUCGAACAGCUGCAGGAUGUACUCCAAACUGCCCCAACAGACCGUGGAGCCAAGCAGCUCGAACAUAACAAACGACAAGACUGUAUAUAAUUCGUCUCCCUCAUCGUGCGACUCUUUAGCUCAUGUCAAGGAUAUUGUUAGCACACAGAAAAUCAGCUCGUUGAAAAACAAUAGUAGAUCUUGUACAACGGUCCAACCGGAGUCGCACCGAGAUACACAAGUCCCUCCUGUGCGACCACAGCCAUCACCAGCUUCUUCUUCAUCAUAUUUACAUGGCAUGCCUCACAUUUGGGAAAAUAACUACCUCUGGUCACGAGGUUACCCCAUGCCACCCCUGUUAGGCUCAAGUUGGGCAGCAAAUGUGCCCAGCGGUGUCUCCUGUGGCCCAAAGCAAACAAAGUUCACCUGUCUGCCUAUCACCUGGCUGAUGCUCUGCUACGAGAUGAUGUCCCGCAAUUGGAGAUCUUCUGACUUGAUUCUGACCCAGCAACAACCAGUUUAUAAUUCCAGCAAACCCGACCACAUCUUUUUUGACAUCUUUGGACCCUACACUGGAGGGAGCACUUACACCUUUAGAAUAAUGGGAUUGAGCAAAGUGACGAUGUACCAGAUGCAGUGUGGGGGAAAGCAACAACAGUUUAACAACAACUGUUGUGGUAUUAAUAAUGAUAGUCAGGCUGAGGUACACACUUGCGGUGGAACGGCAUCACAGAACGGAUUUACAAACUUUAUGGAGCUGAUCAAGAAACCAGACAAGUCCCGGGACAAACCUUUCAAAUGUGGAAUAUGCCGUAAAGGAUUUACGUUGAAAGCCUACCUGAAUCGACACCUGUUGGCCCCUGAGCCCGGUAAACACUUCCCCUGCAGUUAUUGCAGCAAGAUCUUUCCGCAGAGGGACCGCCUCGAGACGCACGAACGCACUCACACGGGGGUCAAGCCGUUUGUCUGCAACAUCUGCUCCAAGUCGUUUUCACAGAAGUCACACCUGAACACCCACAAGCACGUCCACACCGGCACAAAGUCGCCAAACGCCGUCGACCGGAGCAUGAAGCGCCGCAAGACCCUGGCGAUGACCAUGAUGAUGAAUUCCAUGCAACAGCAUCAGCAGCAGCAGCAGCAACAACAACAACAACAGCAGCAGCAGCAACAUCAUCACCACCAUCAGCAUCACCAGCACCACCAACAACAUCAGCACCACCUUCAACAUCAGCAUCAGCAUCAACACCAGCAUCAACACCACCAACAUCAACACCAGCAUCAACACCACCAACAUCAGCAUCAGCAUCAUCAACACCAGCAUCAUCAGCAUCAUCAUCAGUUCCAUCAUUUCGAGAACCACAGCAAGACCUGCCCCCAGCAUCUUAACCAGGUGGGCAAACGUAAAAGCGGGCCCGGCAGCGCAGAUAAACCCUUUAAGUGUGAUGUAUGCCGGAAAGGCUUCACCCUGAAGGCCUACCUCAACCGUCACUUAUUGGCUCCUGAUACAGGUAAACACUUCCCUUGCUCUUACUGCCACAAGGUUUUUCCCCAAAGGGACCGACUGGAGAAUCACGAAAGGACUCAUACUGGGGUGAAACCAUUCCAUUGUACAAUUUGUGGCAAGAACUUUGCCCAAAAGUCCCAUUUAAACAAGCACCAAAAUGUGCACAAAGCGGACCGGAUGUCAGCAACCAGUGUGCCUUCAGCUUCAGUCACAUCAACCUCGUCGUCAUCGGGCGCUAACCAAGCCCCAAACCUUCCUAAACCUCCAUCGAUGAUUUCACCUCAAGCUUCGUCAUCUUCAGGGACCUACACUACCCAGAUGAUUAACCAAACUGCGGCGAUCCACAAACAGGCUGUUAUGACAACAAACACACAGUAUUCACAACAGCAGAUCAAAUAUUCUACUGCGGCCCCACAGCAGCAGCAGCAGCAACAACAGCAGCAACAACAACAACAACAACAACAACAGCAACCAGCUGCCCAGAAAGAUCCAUCGACAAUGUCGGCCUGCUCGCAUCAGAUGAUGCAUCAACAUGCGCCGCUAAGGCAACAACAGCAGCAACAGCCGCAGCAGCAGCAGCAGGCGCCGCCGCCGCCGCCUCCGCCACCAUCUCAGCAGUCAUCGAACAUGACUGCAACCUCGACAAUGAACACGGCCACCUACCAUCAACAGAUGGUGCCGCAAAGAGCUGCUGAGAAUAAUUACAACUGGAAGCGUAACGCUGCCAUAACGGCCAACUGGAAUGCAGGCUGGACCAACACAUCGAACCCGACUUAUGGCCAGAGGAAAUGCGAGAGCCAGGAGGCUGUCCACAACAUUCAGACAUUGAUGCAGUGAAACCAGCUUGAAGAUGAGGAAGAGUAAGAGCAAGAAGAGGCAUACGGAAUGGAUUACUGAAUUAAUAAGUGAAUAAGCUGUGUCUGAGUGAGGCACAGUGGGUGAGAGGUAUAGGUGGUGGACUGUUGACAAUGCGGUCACCAGUUCAAACCUUAGUGCAACUAAUGUGUUGUGUCCCUGCACAAGACAUGUAGCUGUGUUUGCCCCGCAACUUCAUGGGGUUCAGCAGUUGGUGGCUGGAAGGGCAGCCAACGAGAAAACAAUUUGAUUGCUCCAACAAAAAGUCAAAAGAUAUCCUAGUCAUGAUAGCUUUGGAAAAUGGAUUAAAAAAAAAGAUUAAACUACAAUAAACAAAACAAAAACAUAUCGCUUAACAAUUGAUACACCACCACAAGUGUCUAUAUAAAUAUCUACACACUUGCUAGAAGUGGUGGAUAUAUAAAACGAGAAGUUCAGAUCAAGUAUUUGAGCUCAAACAUUUCUGUCAUUGAGUCAGAACAACAUAUUUGAGACCUUGGCUCAAGUAUCUGUAUUAAUCAUUUAAGGAUCUUGGCUCAUGAAACCAUUAAAAACAUGUGGAGACUUAGCUCAAACAUCUGUAUAAUCAUUUGGAGAUCUUGACCUCAAUCGGUCAUUAAAAACAUUUGGAGACUUGGUUCAAGUAUCUGUUUAAAACAUGUAGGAUCUUGGCUCAAGCAACUGUUAAAAACAUGUAGGGUCUUGGCUCAAGCAGCCAGCAAAACAUUUGGAGGUCUUAGUUCAAACAUUUGGGGAUCUUCGCUCAAUCUGUCAUUAAAAACAUUUGGAGACUUGGCUCAAGCAUCUGGUUAACCAAUUGGAAUCUUGGCUCAAGCUACCAUUUAAAACAUGUAGGGUCUUGGCUCAAGCAGCCAGCAAAACAUUUGGAGGUCUUAGCUCAAGCAUCUGUUUUAACUCUUUGGAAUCAUGGCUCAAGCAGCCAUUUAAAACAAUUUGGUAUUUUUGAAUUCAGUUAUUUGUGCAAACAUUUAAGACCUCUAUUCGAUUGUCCACAUAAAAACUUGAGACAUCAUUUCAAUAACCUGUUUAAUGAAUAUUUUUUUUUUUUAAUCUCUAUUCUCUGUAAAGACCUUAACUCCAAUACCUGUAUCAACAGUGACUCAGUUUGUUGAUUCCUGAGAAAAACCAACACACACAAAUCCACACAUGAAUAUGAAUUAAAGUAAAAGCCAUUGACUUGUUUACUGUUUCUCUUUUUUGAGAUAUUUUCCUUAUUAAAAUAAUAAUAAAACUAAAAAAAAACAAAACGAAAUAGCAUCCUAAUUCGUUAUCCACCAUCUUAAUUGCUGGUUCAAUGUCCAGCAUGUGGAACCUCAGUAUGGUCACUCUAAAUGCUAGAAAUAGCAGCCAAAUUUCCUCCAACCGCCCCUCGCACUUUUAAAAAGGAAAGCGAGAUUGGAGGAUGCAGUCCUCAUUACACUUUGACAUAACACAAAGAUGAGAUAAUCAAAGCUUUUACACCUUUGAUCAUGAGUUUCCUAAAUCAUUGCUGGCCUGGGGUUAAACAGUGACAAGAUUGAGAAGAUUCCCUAAGGCAAAUUUUAACCUUUUUGAUACCAACCCACCCGAAACUACCCCUGGUUCUGCAAUAAAAACUAUUUUAAGGAUGAUCUAAGUCAAAACCUACCAGAGAAAUUUACUGUUGAUUUCUGUUCUAAACUAUAACUUAAUGAAACAAUUAUUUUACUAAAUUCUUCUUUAUUUUCAAAAUUAAUUGGAACCAAGACAGAAAUAUGGUAACAAAAGGGUUAAAAAAAAAAGAGUUCUUUGGAAUGGAAACUGCUUUGGAUUUAAGAAUAAAAAUAAAAAAACCUCAAAGAAAAAACUCCUUUAUUUCUGUGAGCUGGAAUUGAACUGAAAACCUUGCAGUCAUCAGCCUGUUGCAUUGGCUCACAUCAAAGUGUGCGUGUGUAUGAAGGCAUGCUUGCACAUACACAUUUGUAUAUUCUUUUACUGUUUUCCUUCAUUGGACCGUGGCCAUACUGGGGCACCACCUUUAUGGGUUUAGUCUGUCAUAUCAACCCUAAUACUUAUUUUGUCCUGCUCCACUUGUUGAACUGCUAAGUUACAGGAGACAAACGGACACAACUUGAAUAUCAGUGGAUUUUAGACCGGUGUAAACAUAAAUGCUGACACACAUACACACCUACAUAUACACACACAGUACAUACACUAUGUCUCAGUCAGACUGGCUGACAACAGGUGCCACUUGACAGGUGAAUGGUCAGUAUACUUUUCUUUUACUUGUUUCAGUCAUUAGACUGUGGCCAUGCUGGGGCACUGCCAAGAAGGACUUUUAGUCAAAUAAAUUGACCCAAUUACUAUUUCUUUUUUUUCAAGCCUGGUAAUUAUUCUAUCAGUCUCUAUUACCAAACUGCUAAGUUACAGGUCAUAAAUACAUCAAACCAGUUGUCAACGGAUGCUGGGCCAUAGAUAAAAAGAUACACACACACACGCACACACACAUAUAUAUAUAUAUAUAACAGGCUUCUUUCAGUUUCCGUCUGCCAAAUCCACUCUCAGGGCUUUGGUCGACCCAAGCCUAUAGUAGAAGACACUUGUCCAAGGUGCCAUGCAGUGGGACUGAACCUGGAACAACAUUGUCCCAAUUUUUCCCUCCACAACACUCAUAUAAACAUGCUCACUCCCACACCCGUGCCAAUGUGCCCACGUAUGGAAGUCCACAGGGGAAAAGCAAAGAUGGGGAAAUGGUUCUUGAAAUACCAAAGAUGGAAUAAAAGAUUUCAUUGAAGCUUAAAAGACUUUACAUGGCUGUUACUCAGAGUUUCAUGUAACAAUCGUCAGACAGUUGAGAAGUUUUUUCUGUUUCAAUAAAACACUAUACAUACACAAUUACACACACAUACGUUAGUGGUUGGUGUCAGGAAGGGCAUCCAGCUGUAAAAAUCCUGCCAAAACAGUCACAGAAGUCCGGUGCAGGAUUCAGCCUGGCUGGUUCUUGCGGUACCAUCCCACCCAUGCUAGCAUGGAAGGUGGACGUUAAACGACGACGAUGAUGAUAUAUAUAUGUAUAUACAUAUUUUGGCACUUGGCUACAACGACAAAGGUUCCGGUUCAUCUGACCAAUGGAACCGCCCGCUUGGGAAAUGAAUGUGCAAGUGGCUGAGCACUCCACAGACACACAUACCUAGGGUGAUUCAGAGGGACAAGGCUGGCCCUGUGAAAUACAGGUACUACUCAUUUUUGCCAGCAGAGUGGACUGGAGCAACGUGAAACAAAGUGUCUUGCUCAAGGACAAAACAAUUGUGAGCCAGAUUACUGAACCACACACUUUCCCUAUAUAUAUAUAUAUAUAUAUAUAUAUAUAUGUGUGUGUGUGUGUGUGUACACACAUAUACAUGGUUUUCUAGGGAAUGUUAGUUGAGUUAGUUUAGCUUCUUAUCCAGGGGAAGAUUUACUUCUCAUUUGUUCUUUCUGGGGCUAAACACUCAUCUUCUGACCGUUAUUUAAAACAAAGA